GGUGUACGUAAAGUGAUCGUCAGUACCAACAUAGCCGAAACAUCCAUUACGAUUCCCCACAUUCGUUAUGUUAUUGACAGUGGAAGAGCAAAAAUCAGGUACGUAUCGAUAAUGCGUGUUCAAAACCAGUUUGAGUAUAUGCUACACCAUUUGCCAUGUAGUGUUACAAGCAUCCGUGAGAGAUUAAGAAGAUUCGAUUUUACGGUGAAAUUCACGGUGCCAUAA